GAGUUAAGUGCCCGGAUGCGGAAGUACGUGCUCUCUUCUACCAUCUACGCUGCGGCUGCUCGUGUGAGUGCCGGUGGGAGCACGGGGCGUAUCCACCGGCAUCCUCGGUCACAGCCGCCCGGAGCCCGGCCUUUCACCAUGCCUCGUAAAAUUGAAGAGAUCAAAGACUUCCUGCUGACAGCCAGGAGGAAAGACGCCAAGUCUGUCAAGAUCAAGAAGAAUAAGGACAAUGUGAAGUUCAAGGUGCGUUGCAGCCGGUACCUGUACACCCUGGUUAUCACAGACAAAGAGAAGGCUGAGAAGCUCAAGCAGUCCCUGCCCCCAGGUCUGGCUGUGAAGGAGCUGAAGUGAACUGAAUGCGCCCGCCCUUUUCAUAUGUAUUAAUAAA